AUGGUGGAUGCCGUCAUGGUCACUAAGAAGCUCAGCUUCGACGAGACUGAGUUGCGCCUCGGUUUGCCCAACGCCGGAGACAAGAAGCGGGGGUUUGAUGAAACCGUCGAUUUGAAGCUCAAUCUCAACAUUCCUUCCGAUCAGACUGAUUUCCAGGGGAACAAUGUCAACCACGAUGCGAAGACGAAUUCUCCUAAGCCUCCUGGAAAGUCACAGGUGGUGGGGUGGCCGCCGGUGCGGUCCUACUGGAAAAAUGUGAUGGCGGUUCAGAAGAGGAGCGAGGUGGGGGAGAGCGGCGGCGCAUUGGUGAAGGAAGUAUUGUAUCUAAAGGAGUGCCAGUCGUCCGUUCCAAAUAAUCAGUAUCGUGAAGCAAAGCCUGCCAAGGAAUUCCCCUUUUCUUUUGAUCCUGUUUAG